GAGCCCAAAAUAGACUCCCAUCACCCCUUACAGCCAUCCAUUCGGAUUUGGCAUCAACUGAGGUGAGAUAAGCUCUGCAACCACCUCAUUCUUCACCCAUUUUCGCACCAAGGCUAAGGAAGGAGAAGGGGAGAAAUAGAGAAGAGAAAAGAGGAAGCUAGAGAGCAAAACUUGAGAUUUCCAAGGUAUUCAAGGAACUUUCACGGAGUUGAAAGGGUCGCCGGAGUUGUCACCGGAGUCCGUUGAAGUUCGCCGGAGUUUCGCCGGAGCUAAAUCGGGAAGGCUAGAACUUCAUAAGCUUCAUUAAGGUGAGAAGACGUCUUUAUGCUUUAUAACUUUUGCGUGAGGCAUGAGAUUACCUAAAGUAAUCAAGGAUGUGUUUUAUGAAAUGAGUAAAGAUAACCAAGUGUUUGCUUAUGCCAUGAUUAUACAUAAAACAUACUCCCUCCGUCCCCUUUUAAAUGUCCCGAAAGAGGGUGACACGAGUUUUAAGAAAAGUAGGUUUGUGUGGUUGAUAUUAAUAGAUAAAGUAAGAAUAAAGUAAGAAUGAUUUUGAGCCACACAAACUUUACCAAAUAAGGUAUGAGACAAUUAAAUAGGGACAUCCCAAUAUGGUAAAAUGGGGACGGAGGGAGUAGUUGAAAAGCAUGUUAUGUAGGUUUGGUGGUUAAAAGUGUGAUAACUUAUUAUGUGUGAUGUUACAGGGAUCCAAAAUGGUAUUUUUGGAUCAAGGACGUCAAGGAGGAUAUGUGUAUAAAAUUUCACGUUAAUCGGACUCCGUUUGGGUGGUCAAACGGGCGUUGACCGACAAGUCAACUGUCAUACCCGACCGGGUAUUGACACAUACCCGAUCGGGUAUUUGUUGAAAAUUAGCUUUGUGGACUACUGUCUCCUGUACUCGACCGAGUAUGGGUUGAUACUCGAUCGAGUAUUGGGUUAUGCUCAAAACGGGCAGUUUUGAGCGGGUUAAUGUGGGCCGUUCAGGUUGGACCCGCCCACGUUGGUUCCUAAGGUUGAUUAUAUGACUAUAAGGAUAGGUAUUGUCCAUAGUUGAAGGAACGAAAGGUUAGCCAUAUCCAGGUUAGGGUUUGGUAAGGAUUUAGUUUGGGGUUGAGUAUCCCCGGGACAUUAAAUGAUCCUGAAACUCGGUUGGGGUUGAGCAUCCCCGGGACUAUAAAUGAUCUUGAAACUCGGUUGGGGUUGAGCAUCCCCGGGACUAUAAGUGAUCCUGAAACUCGGUUGGGGUUGAGAAUCCCCGGGACUAUAAAUGAUCCUGAAACUCGGUUGGGGUUGAGUAUCCCCGGGACUGCAAAUGAUCCUGAAACUCGGUUGGGGUUGAGUAUCCCCGGGACGGUAAAUGAUCCUGAAACUCGGUUGGGGUUGAGUAUCCCCGGAAUGCUAAAUGCUCCCAAAACUCGGUAGGAUAUUAUGAAUAUAGAAUGUAGCUGGCGAGCUAGGCAUUCGGGAAAAGGGUGAGAAAGGUCAGGUAAGAACUUUAUCUCUAAAAGACUCUUUGAAUGAAAUGACCUAUGGGUCGAGUAUUUUACAAAUAUAUAUAUAUAUACAUGAUGGAUAGUGUACCCGGGGGGUAGCUUAUCCGAGGGGUUAUUGCGGAGAAUAACUAGAGAGAAGUCAGAGCAAACAAGUAAGAGAGAGAGUGUAUAUUCGAUAUGUAUUAAGCGUGGUUUACAAUGAGGGAAAUGGGUGCUAUUUAUAGUAGUAAUAAAUGCUAGAUAAGGACACAUGUCAGUUUUCUGGUGGUCGAGGGGUCACCUCGACCGGGGUGGCACUGGCACUCACAUGUGGCCGCAUUAAAUGCGGUGGUUGGAUGUGACGUUUGUACUUGGUACGGUGAUCCAGGCGCAUGUGAAGAGGAUAUUCUGUCGAGGUGGAUGCCUUCGGCUGAAGGGUGCUGGGCCGAAGGCUCUUCUAACCGAGGGCUCCUACCUGUCGAGGGCUGCAGGUGCCGAAGGCUUGGUUUUCAAGCCUUGUUCUCCUGUGAUGCCUCUUCUAACCGAGGGCUCCUACCUGCCGAGGGCUGUAGGUGCCGAAGGCUUGGUUUUCAAGCCUUGUUCUCUUGUGAUGCCUCUUCUAACCGAGGGCUCCUACCUGCCGAGGGCUGCAGUUGCCGAAGGCUUGGUUUUCAAGCCUUGUUCUCGUGUGAUGCAUCUUCUAACCGAGGGCUCCUACCUGCCGAGGGCUGCAGUUGCCGAGGGCUGCAGUUGCCGAAGGCUUGGUUUUCAAGCCUUGUUCUCCUGUGAUGUUUCUGAGCUCGAUUCCGUCACUGGUAGCCUUCGGCCAUGGGGCUGAAGGCACCCCUUUAUGUAUUGUGGGAUGCUUAGAGCUCCAUUUUUCUGGGCUUGGCCCAUUUGGGCCUGUUGGGCCUGAUUGUAGUAGAGGAAGUAUGUGGGCCGGGGGUCCCUGGGCCAUAUACUCCAUCAAGAGUCCCCCACUCCUUUUGCCGAAAGGUACUUGAGGGAAAAGGAGUAGCUGUGGUGAUUUCCCCGAAGGCUUCCCUGUUCUGUUGGGUGCCUCAUUUUCUCAAUUCCCCCAUAUGUCGAGGGCUGAGAGCUUCCUGAAGGGAGUGUAAGUGUGUUGCUCGUAUGUGUUUCUUUGUUGUAGUUUGUAAAGUAAAGAGAGAUCUGCAUUUGUGUGCUUUGUCGAGGGCAUUUGUUGACUGAAGGCUUUGUGUGGCCGAAGGCAUCAUGUGGCCGAAGGCAUCAUGUGGCUGAAGGCAUUGUGUGGCCGGAGGCAUCAUGUGGCCGAAGGCAUUGUGUGGCCGGAGGCAUUCUGUAAGCCGAAAGCAUCAUGUCGAGGGGAGUAGAUUGCCGUUGUGAUCUUGCCUCAGCUUGCUGUAGCUGAGAAAUAGAAAAUUUUUAACAUUUGCGUGUUUUGCCGAGGGGAGUCCCCCAGUCCCCCACUCCUUUUGCCGAGAGUUUCUCGAGGGAAACAGGAGUAGAGUGAUGCAUGCCUUCAGCAGGAGCUGUCGGGGGGUGAUGCCUUUUGUUCCACAAUGGGGAGAUGCCUCGUUAAAAAACCUCAUUAGGAAAAAACCCUGUGGGAAAAAAAAAUCCUAAUGAGGGGAAAAGAGUACACCGGAUGCCCCCAGAAUGAAGCAAAAGGAAUGCACCCUUCGACCUAGAUUUUUAAGCGGUGGUUGUGUCCGUCUGCCGAGGGGAUAUCGAAGACCAGCCUUAGAUCCUGCAUGAAAAAGCUGAGGAGCUUGUAAGGACCCCCCGUUAUCAAAUAAAGGUGACGGAGGGGUGCAAGGCUAGGUGGGCCUGUGUGAGAGCCCCUGGCAUCAAAUACAGAUGCCGGAGGGAUGGAGACCGAGGGGCCUGUGUGAUUGCCCCUGACAUCAAAUAAAUAUGCCGGAGGGGUGAAGGACGAGGGCCUGUAUGAUAGCCCCUGGCAUCAAAUAAAGAUGUCGAAGGGAUGAAAGCUAGGCUGAGGGGCCUGUAUGACAGCCCCUGGCAUCAAAUAAAGAUGCCAGAGGGAUGAAGGCCGAGGGACCUGUGUGAUUGCCCCCGACAUCAAAAAAAGAUGUGAGAGGGAUGAAGGCCGAUGGGCCUGUAUGAUAGCCUCUGGCAUCAAAUAAAGAUACCGGAGGGAUGAAGGCCGAGGUACCUGUGUGAUUGCCCCCGACAUCAAAUAAAGAUGCCGGAGGGAUGAAGGCCGAUGGGCCUGUAUGAUAGCCCCCGACAUCAAAUAAAGAUGCCGGAGGGAUGAAGGCCGAGGGACCUGUGUGAUUGCCCCCGACAUCAAAUAAAGAUGCCGGAGGGAUGAAGGCCGAUGGGCCUGUAUGAUAGCCCCCGACAUCAAAUAAAGAUGUCGGAGGGAUGAAGGUCGAGGGUCGUUGUGAUGUGGAAUCAUGCUGAGGCCGAGGGCCGUUGGUGAUGUGAGAUCACGCUAAGGCCAAAACCAUUAUGACAUAGGGUCAUGUUGAGGCCGAGGGCCGUCUGAUGUUGAGGCUGAGGGCCAUUGUGAUGUCCUCACGCUGAGGCCGAGGGCCGUUGUUGAUGUUGAGGCCGAGGGCCGUCUGAUGUUGAGGCUGAGGGCCAUUGUGAUUUGAAAUCACGCUGAGGCCGAGGGCCGUUGGUGAUGUUGAGGCCGAGGGCCGUUGUGAUGUGGAAUAACGCUGAGGCCGAGGGCCGUUGGUGAGGUGAGAUCACGUUAAUGCCAAAACCGUUAUGACAUAGAGUCAUGUUGAGGCCGAGGGCUGUCUGAUGUUGAGGCCGAGGGCCAUUGUGAUGUUGAGGCCGAGGGCCGUUGUGAUGUGGAAUCACGCUGAAGCCGAGGGCCGUUGUUGAUGUUGAGGCCGAGGGCCGUCUGAUGUUGAGGCCGAGGGCCAUUGUGAUGUGGAAUCAUGCUGAGGCCGAGGGCCGUUGGUGAUGUUGAGGCCGAGGGUCGUCCUGAUGUUGAGGCGGAGGGCCGUUGUGAUGUGGGAUCACGCUGAGGCCGAGGGCCGUUGGUGAUGUGAGAUCAUGCUAAGGCCAAAACCGUUAUGACAUAGAGUCAUGUUAAGGCCGAGGGCCGUCUGAUGUUGAGGCCGAGGGCCAUUGUGAUGUCCUCACGCCGAGGCCGAGGGCCGUUGUUGAUGUUGAGGCCGAGGGCCGUUCUGAUGCUGAGGUCGAGGGACGUUGUUGAUGUUGAGGCCGAGGGCCGUCUGAUGUUGAGGCCGAGGGCCGUUGUGAUGUGGGAUCACGCCAAGGCCGAGGGCCAUUGGUGACGUGGAAUCGAAUUGAGGCCGAGGGCCUUUCCUUGAUAGUUCCAGGAGUCCUCUGGGUGUAUGUUCCUUCUUUCAGGCAUCGACCGAGGGGUUGAUUACCCGCCUCGGCCGAAAGGAGGUCCAAGUGAUCCGUCCGGGGGUUCGUCUGUUUUUCCCCCGGCGCUGGGCCGUCCCUUGAUUGUGCCAGGAGGUCGUAUGUUAGUCCUCCUGAUGUGUGUUCCUUCUUCUAGGCUUCGGCCGAGGGGUUGAUUCCCCGCCUCGGCCGAAAGGAGGUCCAAGUGAUCCGUCCGGGGGUUCGUCUGUUAGUCCCCCGACGCUGGGCCGUCCCUUGAUUGUGCCAGGAGGUCGUAUGUUAGUCCUCCUGAUGUGUGUUCCUUCUUCUAGGCUUCGGCCGAGGGGGUUGCUUCCCCGCCUCGGCCGGAAGGGGGUCCAAGUGAUCCGUCCGGGGGUUCGUCUGUUAGUCCCCCGACGCUGAACCGUCCCUUAACCUUGGGGGGUCCCGUCGUCUAUUUACGGCGCGGGCUAGGCUUGGUCGGUUUCCGACGACUGCCGUUUCACCCCCAUGUUUGGGGAUUUCGUCACCUCAACCAUUCUUUCAGGCCUGUCGCCGUGCGUUGCGCGCCGGCGACGCGGCGAGCGUCCCGCUCCAAAAACCCGAGCCUUUUGCAGGCCCCUCGUCUUUAGAAACCAUCGGCCAUACCUGGGCAUUUGGCCUCGAAGGGGCCGAUAAGAUGUCUGGAUUGUGUUGUAGUUUACUUAAAUUCAUAGAAAUAAGCGGAAUACAAGGGGUGCGUUGUUUGACAACGGCUUUGUUAAGAUUCACCGCUCAAGGCCGAGGGCUCUAGGCCGAGGGGAUGGUAAUGUGCCUCGAGGUCGAGGGCCCAAGGCUGAGACUAACGCCGAAGGUGAGGAACAUGAUUAGCGGAGGUGGCGCUUCUUCGGCUGGGGCUCCUCGAACUCCUCUCCGUCACUGAGCCUCCCGAUUUCAUGUUUCUUUGUUGCGAUGUCCCCUUCUUCUUUAUCGGUGUUCUCCCCGGUGUUUUUCCUUGGGGCAUUUUUGAUGAAUUGGUGGAGCUCACCCCGUUGAAUUAAGAGUUCAAUAACCUUCUUUAACGAGACACAAUCGUCUGUAUUGUGGGAGGUGCUUUUGUGGUAACGGCAAUAAGUGCCGCCUUGGUGGAUGGCGUAGAUCUCCCUCGCCGACCGAGGGUCCUUGGGGAAAAGGUCCUGCUCUUCCGCAUAGUUGAGGAUAGUGCUCACCGGGUGCGUGAGGGGAGUCCUCGGCAUGUCCAGCCGAGGGCGCCAUUGGCGUUCGUUACGGCCCUGCUGGGUGUGGCUUCCAUGGUCUCAGCCUCCGACCGAGGGCACAUUUGGGGCCGACGUGUUGUUUAUCUUCUUCGAGGGCUGGCCCUCGUUCUUCUUGAAGGAGUGGAGGUCGUCGGCGUCGGCGUAUAGGCUCCCCCGCUAGAGUGCUCUGAGGUAUGAUCUUGGGGGGUCGGUGAUGAGGCUCCGUGCGUAGGGGCUGCUGCGGAGAACCCCCUGGAAGAGGACGAGGAGGGUACGCUCGUCGGCGCCCUCGACCUCGUCUGUCUCCUUCAUCCACCGGUCAAUGAAGGACCGAAGUGUUUCGUCAGGUUGUUGCUUGACGGAGAGGAGCUGGGAGAAGUGCUUUCUCGCGCGCUUCCUUCUGGCAAAAUGGGUGAGGAAGCGUUGGGCAAGAUCUUGCCAAGAGUCAAUGCUGCCCUCGGGCAAUCGAUUGAACCAUUCGUAUGCUGGUCCCUCCAAGGUGGAAAGGAACCAACGACAUAAGUAUUCAUCUGAUGCCCCCAUCAUCAUCAUGCUGUUUUGAUACCUGUUGUAGUGCUCCUGGGGGUCAGUUUUUCCUUCAUAGGGCUUGAUGAGUUGCCCUCGGUACUUUUCCGGGAUUUGGGCCGCCAAUACCCUUGGGGUGAAUGGCGUCCGGGUCCGGAGCUGGAUGAUGGGUUCCUCGGAGCCCUCGGCUACCUUCUUCUGUAAUUCCUCCAUUUUGGCCAUCAUGGCCUCGUAUUUGAGGUCUGAAUGAGGGGUGGAGGUGGUGGCGUGAGCUUUGUCGGCCUCCAUUUCAUCAAGUCGGCAUUGGAGGGCCGCAAUAAUUUCGUCCCGGGGGUCCUUCGGGAGGGUCUCCGCCCCCUGCGAACGAACCCGGGCAGAGUGGGCCUGGUUGAUCUGGUGGCGAGCAUCGUCGGCAUGAAGGGGUGCCUUGCCUUUGUCCCGAGGGGGACGCUCCUCGUCUGCCCUCGAGACAGACCCUCCGCUUUCUUGGGGCCCUCGGCGGUCUUGCCCCCCUCCGAGCCGGUUGAGGGCGGAAGUGCGGGGCCUUUCUCUGUUGUCAUUGUGGCGGUCCCAGGACUGAACUUCCUGGGAGGCCGUGUCUUGGGCCACUACCCCUUCGUCAUUCCUAACCCGAGGGAUGGGGUUUCCGAAGGGGUGUGGCAGAGGGGGAAGUACGAUGUUCUCCCCAACCUGGGGUUGAGCCGGAGCCAGGGUGCCGAAGGCACCCGGGUUCUGAGUUAACGUCUGGAUGAAGGCGGAGUGUGCCGAAUGAACGUCGAUGGUGAGGACCGGAGGGCUGACUUGGUCAUCGCUCCGGUUUUUCUUCUUGGCCUCGAUGCCGAGGCGGGCAUCGGGGGCAUUCUGCUUUAUAUGAAGGCGUAGGUCGACAGCCGCCUGUUCCAGCCCAGCGAUGACACCGCCCUCGGGAGCCUUGUGAGAGGCUUCGGGGGCGUUGACGUCGCCGAGGGCUAGGUUCUUGUCUUCUACGUUUUUGGAGUUGGCACGUGUUGUUCUCACCAUUUUGGUAGAGGGCUAGUGUUUGGCGAAGGGGGAGGGUUUCUUACUUGAUCGUUCGACCUCUCAAUGAGAGCACCAAAUGAUGGAUAGUGUACCCGGGGGGUAGCUUAUCCGAGGGGUUAUUGCGGAGAAUAACUAGAGAGAAGUCAGAGCAAACAAGUAAGAGAGAGAGUGUAUAUUCGAUAUGUAUUAAGUGUGGUUUACAAUGAGGGAAAGUGGUGCUAUUUAUAGUAGUAAUAAAUGCUAGAUAAGGACACGUGUCAGUUUUCUGGUGGUCGAGGGGUCACCUCGACCGGGGUGGCACUGGCACUCACAUGUGGCCGCAUUAAAUGCGGUGGUUGGAUGUGACGUUUGUACUUGGUACGGUGAUCCAGGCGCAUGUGAAGAGGAUAUUCUGUCGAGGUGGAUGCCUUCGGCUGAAGGGUGCUGGGCCGAAGGCUCUUCUAACCGAGGGUUCGUACCUGCCGAGGGCUGCAGGUGCCGAAGGCUUGGUUUUCAAGCCUUGUUCUCCUGUGAUGCCUCUUCUAACCGAGGGCUCCUACCUGCCGAGGGCUGCAGGUGCCGAAGGCUUGGUUUUCAAGCCUUGUUCUCUUGUGAUGCCUCUUCUAACCGAGGGCUCCUACCUGCCGAGGGCUGCAGUUGCUGAAGGCUUGGUUUUCAAGCCUUGUUCUCGUGUGAUGCAUCUUCUAACCGAGGGCUCCUACCUGCCGAGGGCUGCAGUUGCCGAAGGCUUGGUUUUCAAGCCUUGUUCUCCUGUGAUGUUUCUGAGCUCGAUUCCGUCACUGGUAGCCUUCGGCCAUGGGGCCGAAGGCACCCCUUUAUGUAUUGUGGGCUGCUUAGAGCUCCAUUUUUCUGGGCUUGGCCCAUUUGGGCUUGUUGGGCCUGAUUGUAGUAGAGGAAGUAUGUGGGCCGGGGGUCCCUGGGCCAUAUACUCCAUCAAUACAGUAUGUAUCAUCGGAUGAAUGAGUCACAUAUAUAUAUGUAUCACCCUAUUUUUGGGUCUCGUGUCUGAAACAUUAGUUAUUCUUCAUAUAGCCUGUUUGUCACUAGUACUUCUAUGGAGUACUGACCUCUCCGGGGGCCCUCACAUUUUUCAGGUUGAGGCUAGAGUCCUACUACAUGCACCUUUGCCUAGGGUGAUCCUUCGAGGAGGAAGACGUGGUUCGUGCUCCCAUUCGUAUUUUUGAAAUCUAUAAACUGCUAAUGGAUUUUUGAACAAUGUCUUCAUUAAAACAGUUGGGGGCCUGCGUGCCCGUGUUUGCCACGUGUGGCUAAGUAUCAAACAUAUUAUUAUUUCCGCAUUUGUUUGACUAUGAUAUUGAUGUUGAUUGUAUGUGUUUACUAAUCGAUUUGGCAAUAGAAUCAAUCGGACGCCUUGUACAAUUCAAUAGGGAUGAAAUGUUGUUGUUCUUAUCGAGUUGUACGACGGUCGUCUACGUGGCUCAGAUGCGGUCCGGGGCGUGACACUUUUAAACGGUUAUAAUCCA